AUGCGUGUACACCCUGAACUUCCGGUCGACCAAAUUGACAAAAUUAUAUCUGCCGAAAUUCCCCAUGAAAACACAUGCUUAAAAGAAAUAGUAAAAAAAUAUAUGCUCCACAGACAACAACAUUCACCUCGUUGUCUUCACAAUGGCACCUGUAUUUAUCAUUAUCCAAAACCAAUUAUUCCAGAAACCUAUAUUGAUGAAAGAGAAGCCAUUGAAAAUUUUUCAACACCAGCACAAUUACGCUUUCUAUUUACACAGCUAAUCUUAGAUGGUGCUCCUACACUUGAUAUUUGGCAAAAAUUUAACUCGAAUCUUUCUGCAGAUAUAUAUAGUAAUUAUCCAAAUGCCAUUAAUACUACCCUCCAACAAAUAGCCACAUUACUUGCUGAACAUGGGCGACGUUUACAUGACUUUGGUCUUCCAGAACCACAAACAUGGACCAAAGAAGUAACUAUGGAAUAUCAACGUCAUUCUGACUAUGCCCGAUAUAGUCGACUUGCUGAAGAAUUCUGUUUAAAAAUGACUUCAGAACAAUUAACUUUUCACAAUGAAGUUAUAGCUCAUAUACUAUGGAAACCUGAAGAAGGCCCUAUUCCAAUAUCAAAAUUCCCAAAAUUCUUAGAUGGAAAAGCCGGUCGGGGUAAAACUUUUCUUAUUAAUGCGAUUUGCCACUCAAUUCGUGCUGCAAAAAAAAUCGUUUUACCAUGUGGGACCACAGCAUUAGCAGCAUUAUUAUAUGAAGGUG